GGCCUUCCAAGAAGAAGAAGAAGAAGCCGGUGAAGGGGAGCCCGGUGUCCAAGCUCACCGACGACAUCCUCGCCGAUAUCAUCUCGCGCGUGCCAUACAAGUCUACCUGCUGCUGCAAAUGCGUCUCCACGCGCUGGCGCGACCUCAUCUCCCACCGCGAGCACCAAAAGAAGAUGCCGCAGUCCAUCGUCGGCUUCUUCCAUGAAGGUUCCAACGCAUUCCGCUCCCCCAGAAAUGCUCGUUAUUUUACCAAUCUGUCACGGCAACGCUAUCCUCUGGUCGACCCCUCAUUGUCGUUCCUGCCCGAUUGCGAGCGCCUUGACAUCUUGGACGGCUGUAAUGGGCUCCUCCUCUGCCACUGCUGGAUGGUUGUGGAUCCCAUGGCAUUUGAUUAUUAUGUGUCAUGGGGUAUAGCCGAGGACGAGCUCGAUGGUGAUUGCUGUGGACGCAUCAAAACAUUAGCAAUUUAUUCGUCCAAAACUGGAGCUUGGAAAUAUCAAACAGUUGAACAUGGUCCAUUUGUGAUACCCGAGAAUUCAGUAAGUGCAUUUUUUAAUGGGAUCUUGCAUUUGCCUGCCUAUGAAUGUGUAGUGGCUGUUGAUGUGGAAGGAGCUAAUUGGUGGCUCGUUGAUGUUCCUGAGCCACCAUACUACGCUGAUUGUAUAGGUGGCGUAUUUCCAUCACAGGGACGCUUGUAUUUUGCAGAGUCUGAUGGUUCUAAACUGUCAGUCUGGGUUCUUGAGGACUAUCUUACAGGAAAAUGGACUUUGAAGCACAAUGUGAGCCACUUGCACUUGUUCGGAAGAGAGUAUUCAUCUUUUGCGGAUUAUUAUCGUGUUAUUUCAAUCCAUCAAGAACACAGCUUUGGUUGGGCGGCGGCGGUGCCCGGCUCCGUCACCUUCUUAAAGGCGCCGCUUUGGGUCUUUGGAGAAGAGCAAACACUAAUGUCAUACGACAUGGAUUCCGGGGAGCUGUGUAUUAUACGCCAACUUGGAUGGGAAUGCAGGCCACCUUAUGUUCCAUAUGUUCACUUGUUCUCAGAGUCACUUGGAGAUGAGAACUAGAAGUCUUACUUGCGUAAUGCAGCUUCACAUAUGUCUUUCCAAUGAUAUUGGAGCUAGGUAUUGCAUACAAGCAACAGUGACUUGGGUAGAUCUUUAUGAAGUUGUGAUAGUUUUUGUACUGCACUAUGUAUGCUAUUCAGUCAACUCAGUAAUUGUUUUUGUGUUUUUGUGCUUAUAUGUAUUACCUCCCAAGUACCUAACUACGGUUACUAUGAUCAUUCUGUUGAACCGUUAUCAAUGUCUUUACUAUCUAGAUUCUGAUUUCUAGUUAUUUAUUUGUUUGUGAAUAAUUUACGUAUUGCAACUUUUGGAUGCAAAAGUUGUGUUGUCUACUUGGUAUGUGGAGGAUUCUAGCAUUUUGGUAGAUACAUGGAUCUUUAUUUGCUUUAUCAUGCUGGAAUAUCUGAAACUCUGAAAUCUCAAACGGAUCAAAUUUUUUUAGCAACUUGCCCAGUUAAUUGAGGAAAACCAGGCGAAAACCGAUUACAAACACUAUAGACACAAAAAGAAAAUAGUUUGGGGGGUAAGGUUUAGCCGAACAAUGAGUACCAUUAUUUCAGUGCAUAACAAUAUGGUUGGAAGCUUUUGUUUGUCUCCUCUCAGUGAUGAAAUGGUAUCUAUAUGUAAGGUAUGUUUCUCAUGGUUAGAUAGUG